UCUCCAUCGACGAGUCAUUGCAGGAUUUCGCGCGCGAGAGGUAGUCGUCAUGAGCAAGUUCCCGGUGCCGCAGGACUUCAUCUACUGCCCUCCGUUGGGAAAGGACGAACGAGCCAACCUCGUGAACCUCGGAGAGAACUCCCUCAUUGACCUUGUGCGCAGCUCCAAGCUCCAUAGCGGGGCGAUCAAGUGGACUAUGGACUCGGACGAGAAUGGAAUCCAGAUUUUCCACGGCGAGGACCCAAAUGGACCGACCGAGGUGACGCUCCUCGCGGGGGUCACCGAAGUCCUCGCCACAUUUGACGAAAUCGCCGCGCUCUUCCGUCAAGAAACGAAGGAAGCGUAUGCCGAGUACACCAAGUUGUUUGCCAAGGACACGCUCGAUUCCGCACAUUUGUAUACAAUUUCCACGGCGACCCCCGACCGACCGCGCCAUUUCAUGGGCGUUCGAUGGGUUGUUAUCGGUAGUCCCUAUCCCCUCUUGGCGAAUCGCGACUUGUGCUAUUUGGAGUGCCAAGACGACUUUGAAAUUAACGGGAAGCGCGGGUGGGGGCGAUCUAUGACAUCUAUCAGCCUUCCAUGUUGCCCCGACUUCGAAGGUCACUUGGGCACGAUCCGCGCGACGUUUAUUCGAUCGGGGUUUGUCGUGCACGAGUCCAAGCGACCGGGGUAUCUCCAGGUGAUCCAUGCGCUACAGAUCGACCUCAAGGGCAAGGUGCCGCAGUGGGUCGUGAAAAUCGGCAUGAAAAAGCGCGCGCGGUCGAUUGGCGACUUUGACAAGUACUUGCGCGAAAAACGGCUCAGCGCCAAGCCGUACUUGCGCGAUCAGGACCUUGUGCCCAAGUCGUCGCGGUUCAAGUGCUUUUUAUGCCAGUCGAAAUUUGGCACGUUUUCCACCAAAGUACGCUGUCGCAAGUGCGGCGAAGUCGUGUGUGGCAAGUGCAACAAGUUUUGGCAAGUGAAGACGACCAACGCCGGCCGCAAGAUGAUCCGGGUCUGCUCGGCAUGCUCGAUCACCGGCGGCGGCCACGACGGCUAUCCCAAGGACGGCGUGGCCUCCAGCGUCGCAGUGUCGGGGGUGGCGUCGUCGUCCGAAUAUUCCGAUGAACGAUCGGACACGAGUGCCCAAGACUCGAUGCAGCAAGAAACCAUUUCGUUGUCGGGCAGCGAGCCGCAAGGAAGCAGCGGCGGUCAAAAUUAUUACCCCCCUGCCAUGGAUAGGGCACGACACCAACACUACCAGCAGCAGCACCUGGCGCCAUCACGAGGGUAUCCCGCCCAUCAUGGACAGUACAGUCUCCAAGGGGCAUCUCAUCUGUCCACGGUGUCUCCGCAAUGGGGACCUCGAAACAACCUCCCAAUCCACAACCGUACCCAACAACGCAAUAGUCUUAGUCGAUACGACGACCACCAACCCCUUCCAACAUCAUCAUCGCAACCACAACCACAGCCCCCGUUGUCGCCGUAUUCGUUGAGCAUUCGACUUCACAAAGACGGCGACGACGACAUCACUUCUGGUCCUGGUGGGGGCAGCCAAUCCCCCCACGCCGCGCACGGGGCGGCCCGAUCAACGCCACGUGUGGACGACUCGAAUGCAAGCAAUACUUCGCCAAGGAUACACGAUGCGCGGGACAUGUACAUCAUGGGGGCGACGGCGGACGACGGGGAGUUUGAUUCGGCCACGAACCCCCGUGGGCCACCACAGCAGCCGCUCCAAGCUCAAGGGGAAUAUAGCCACGGUAGCAAACCCGCCGAUGAACGCCAAGAAGACAAUGAUGAUCGGCUUUUCAUUACGCGAGAAAGCGACGACGACAACGACGCGAUGAGUGCGUACUCGGAAUACUCGCACGCGGCGCCUCCCUUGGCCAAACUCGUGUACCCGUCUCGCCAUAUAAACCCCCUAGGCGCAGUGUACCACCAUCGCUCGCCCCGCCAGAUCCUUGAAAUCGACCCAUAUGCAGCCAAACCAUUUCUCCACGGCCCGUCGUCGCUCCAACCACAACAUGGUCGAGGGGGACUUGCUGGGCGACACGGACCUCCUCCUACCCACGUGGCAAAGUACAGCAACCAACUAUGGGCACCCAACAAUGGACAUCAACUACUUCAAGGGCAGCAGGUCCCCACUCAACGACGACGAUAUGACGAGCAGCCCAUCAACGCUGGAAUGCACGACCCCGACGGCGCGCACGUAUACCGCCGCCGUGGGGGGGUGGACGACCUUCGUGGAUACAUCGGUGAUAAUAGUUCUACUGACUAUGGCGUCGAUCCCUUCCCUCCUCCUCCACCUCGCGGGAUGGAAGCUCGAAGGAUUUAUCCUUAUGAUUCCCGUGAUCCAAGAGAUCAUCUUCCCCGUGACUAUUCAGUCGAAGGAAGUGACUUUCCUGUUAACCCCCGACAUCUUCGCAUGGCGGCUCGUGACCCACGUGGAGUCGACCCUCGAGGCCGAUUGUAUGACCCCCGAGACUUUGACCAUCGUCGAGACUUUGCCGACGACGAGCAUGGGGAAAUUCCCCGUGCGCCACAGCAGUCGUCCAUGGCUCCUCGGUACUCGCCGCAGCUCCAGUUCCCCCGUGAUCCCCGGGAGUAUGCCCGCGAUCCCCGCGACUACCAACAGGAAUAUUCCCGCGAAUACGAUCGGGAUCCCAGGGAUUUUGCCCGAGAUCCACGAGAGUACGACCACCGGGAUUAUUUGCUGCGAGAGUACCACCACCCCCAACAACAACAGCAGCAUUAUGACCGCCAAUUUCCCCCGUCAAACCCCCGUGACGACCCCCGUCCAUUCCGUGAUGACUUGUUUCCCCAACAGCCGCCCCCGCCUCCAUCAUCUGUCCAGCAUUCUUCCGAUGACACGUCGAGCUUGAAGUCCGACAGCAUCAUCCAAGAUGAAGUUCUGCGGGCGAUGAAGGCAUUGAAAGGGGAAGAAACACCCGAUCCCCGGCAAUUGCUCGCAUUGUACAAGCAACUCCAGCAACUCAACCUUGAAGGAACGGCUCCAACGACAUCACCUUAACCCGUAUUACCAAUCAGUAUAACUAUUAAUCGUACUUUACUAUAGUAC